CAAGCUGAAAGAAGGGACUGUUCUGCGCAUCGAGUGCAAAACAAGAAGUAAAGUCAAGUAGACGAGCGUAUUACAAUGAGAGAUUUCGAGCUUCAGGGCUUGAAAUCGCUCAGAUCUGUACCGUUAAUACGUAUAAAAGUCACCUGUACAUCAGGAAAGGACCAAUCCCUCGCUGUCUCCUUGAAAGAUACCGUUUCUCUUGUCAAGGACCGUGUUUUGGGUGGUGAAUUUUGCAAAGAAUCGUCGUUCUACAAAUUGGUUGUUGCUAAAACUCGACGGAAUUUGUCGGAUGAGAAUACACUUGAAAAAGAAGGAAUUAGCGAAGACGAUGAGUUAAUUUUGUUAAAACGACGGCACAGUUCGGCAUGCGAUCACGAGAAAGAGAAGAAAAGAAUUACAUACAAGAUACCAGACAUCUCUACCAUACACAAGCUUACCUCAACUCUACCUGCUGAUGAAGAUACAGAGGUCCCUACUGCUUCUAGUACACAAUUCAAUUUCAAUAGGGAAUUACGGCGGAUCUUAGUAUCCCUCAUAGACUCCUCCAUUUUGCUUCAGUCUUUGGAUGAGGACUCUCAAGAAGCAAGCACAGCUAAACCAGAAGAGCCAUCACUAACUGUUGAUCCUGUGUCCUUGAAGCAAUUGACAGAUAUGGGAUUUGAUACCGCACGAGCCACAAAAUCACUUUUGGCGAAUCGGAUGUCUCCGAUGCUAGCCAUGGAGUGGCUGUUGCAACAUGAGUCAGAUUCGGAUAUCGAUGAACCUUCUACUCCAAGCACAAGUCAGGGCCGCACACAUAGGAAGCGAAGGGAAUUCACACCCAACCCUCAGUCGGUUAGAAAUCUGAAGGAGAUGGGAUUUGAAGAAGAGGAGAUCAUGGUUGCGUUGAAAGUAUCAGGAAACAACCCUGAAGCUGCAUGUGAUUGGCUCCUGGGAGAUAGGAAGGAGGGUGCGAUGAGUUCAGAUGAAGGGCUAGACCCUGAAAGCCCUAUGUACAAAGCCAUCAUGGAAAACCCACUAGUUCAACUCAGCUUGUAUAACCCCAGGGUGCUUGGAGCAUUUGAAGACAUGCUGGAUAGUCCUAACACAAGUAAUGUGUACAUCAACGACCCAGAGACAGGGCCAGUUUUGCUCCAGAUAUCAUGUAUUGUGCAGGGAUUUGCCAGAUAGUGAAUGUUGUGUGCCACCUACCUGGCCAUAGCCUACAAAUAUUUCCUGUAAAUAUUACACAUAGUCCAGUUGCUUAGCCAUGCCUCACAAGGUGCUGGCCGGUACUGCUCCCAAAAUCAAUAUCCCCAGGGAUUUGCCAGUUAGUAAAGGGUACAUGUCACCUUUCCUGGCCAAAGCCUUUGUGUUUGGCAAGUCAAAUGCUGAUUACCCUAGCCAAGAAAACUGAACUCUGUCCUACAUGUUGCUGGCCUAUUGACAGACUGGAUAUGAUGUCCAGGAAUUGGCCAGAUGGAACCUAGCGAAUGUCUUCAAUUUGUUUGCUAGUACUACACAAGGUAUUGUGACCGUCAAGGGUAUUGGUAGAUUAUGAAUGGUCCCCAUCUUUUCUGGCUAUGAAAGCUAAGUGAAUCUCCAAAAUGUGUUGCCUGGCCCUGGGUAAGGGUAUUUCUUUUGCAUGUUCUGGCCACCAUUUUUAUGGAUAUGGUGAACCAUUCAUAUUUGAUUGUUGUCACAAAAUAAUAUUUUUUUCAAAAAGGUUUAGUUAUUUUGUCCAGGGUAUAGCAUGGCACUGACUGGCAAUCGUAAUUUUCCCUGUGCUUAAAGACUUCAACUCUCACUGAAUACUUUUGAUAUUGAAUAUUAUCUAGGGUUUAGUCUAGUAUUAUGGUCUAGUAUUUGAUCAUCACUUUUUCCUGGAAAUGUUUUUUUUAAUUGUUGUCCAUGGCAUAGCCUGGUAUUGACUUGUCUUUGUCACUUUCCUUGUCUUUAAAGAUAUGGCUUGUUACUAAGUGUUUGGUAUAGAUAUUCUAUAUUGUCCAGGGUAUAUCCUGGUAUUGUCGGGACACCAUAUUUCCUGGUCUUGAUUUUGAUCAUUCCAAUUCCCUUCUAAUCAUCUUUUGUUAAUGCACAUAUCAACUUGUCAUGGUUUGACCAACGUCACAAAUAUUGUAAAUAUUGAACAUUGUAACAUCUCUGUAUUAAAGAAUCUUAACCUGA